AUGGCCGACUCGGGCGCCGUCAUGGCCCUGCCAUCAAACCCGGACGAGGACGCUGGCCCCAAGAUCAUUGGAGUUACAGUCUUUAUCACCUCGCUGGCCCUGCUCACCUACUCGACUCGCAUGUAUGUGCGGUUGUUCAUGGUUCGCAACCUUGGCUGGGAUGACUACAUCAUGAGCCUGGCAGUGGCCUUGGUCGUCACGGGCCAAGGAUUCAUCAUUGCAUCAGUCAAGUACGGCGCUGGCCGCCACAUGGGCGACAUCCCGAUGGAGGAUAUCCCCAAGGGCGUCAAGCUCAACUUCAUCACGCAGCCCAUCUACCUCUGGGCCAUCUGUAUUGUCAAACUCGCCGUUGGAGCCACACUGCUGCGCAUUGCGAGCACCACCUUCUACAAGCGCCUAAUCGUGGGAAUCAUGGCUUUCAUGACCUUUUACACGACCGGCUGCUUCUUUACCGUCGUCCUCCAAUGCACCGACAUCCGCGUGCUCUGGGACACAAGCAUCCAGGCGACGUGCUGGGGCCAGAAGACGCUGCAGGGUCUCUCGUACACCAACGUGGCGCUCAACAUCCUGACGGAUCUGUGCUUCGCCGUCUUCAUCCCGAUUCCCAUGCUGUGGAACCUAAACGUGAACACGCGGACGCGCCUCUCGCUGAUGGGGGCGCUGGGCCUGGGCUUCUUCGCGUGCGCGGCCGCCUUUGUCAAGAUCAGCUCGCUGGUCAACUACGGCAAGCUGGGCGACUGGCUGUGGGACUCGCGCGACAUCACCAUCUGGACGACGAUCGAAUGCAACGCGGCCAUUGUGGCGGGCAGUCUACCGGCGCUGCGGCCGAUAUUCAAGAGCAUCCUGGGAACCAGCCUCGGCUACGGGCCCAGCACGGGCGGUCAGAAGGGCGGCAGCGGUAUGGGCUACUUCCGCGGCGGCACCCACGGCGACCACCACGAGCUCAAGAGCGCCACGCGCGGCGGCAAGAUGGGCGGCAUCCACGACGAGACAAGCAGCGAGCGCGCCUUCAACGCCGCCACUGCCUUCGAGAUGGGUGGCACGGACCGCCACCACAACAAGACCUCGGCAAACACGACCGUCUUCGCCGACCCCGACGCCCUCUCCAGCGACGAAAGCCUGCCCCGCCAGCACCCUAUCGACCACGCCAACAACGGCCGCAAGGGCAUCACCAAGACCACGACGACGACGGUCGACUACGCCGUUACCAAGUAGGAAGGGGAGGCGAGCGAGCUAGCGCGUUUGCCUCUGUUUCUUACUUUCUUUUUUCCUUCUGCUUUGUUGUUCAUUCUACUAUUGUACAUUUACGCACUAUACCAUUGUGGCUACACGCCACAUCACGCCAAACCACGCGCGGGGCCGGCCGGGUAGGGAAGGGCAUAAAAAGUCCCUUUUCCAAUUCCCAGUCACAGAAGCAGAUUUUUUUCUAGCAAGUUUUGUUUUUA